CCUGGUUAUGUUUUAUUUUUUACUAAUAAGCCUAAGGGCUAGAUAUGCUAGCUGCUUUUCAAUAAAAAGGUGCUUUAUGGAGGCAUCACUGUACAUAAAUCCCCCCCAAAAAUUGCAUACGAUUAAAACUAAGAGCAAAAAACAUGUUUGUAGACAGAAAGAAAACUUUAAAUUGGUUUUUAAAGUACAAUGUUAGUUCUCUGUGUUGGGAACAAUUGUCUACAGCAGGGUUGCCAGAUUGGAUUCGCUUUUACACUAAGUGAUGGUUUUUAAAUCCAUCCAAAUUCAUUAUAAACUAUUAAAAAUUAAUUAAACAUAAUAAUUAGAGUAGGUUAGUCUUUUUCUACAAGUAUGAAGCACAUGUUUGUCCAGGGAGAAAUUCAGGAAACAUGGCAACGCUGUGCUAACACUUUGAAUAUGAGCCUGAGGUAAAAAGCGGUUAAAUAGCGGAGAGUCCGUUUAGUCUGCGCUCGCGGCGGCCGUGACGCAGAUCUGAGGAGGAAAACAGCACGCAGGAGGUGUGUAUGAGAGCGAGGGGGGGGGAGAGAGCGAGAGAGAGAGAGAUAGAGGGAGAGAGAGCAAGAGAGGGAGAGAGAGGCAGAGCGAGUGAGAGGGAGAGAGCAAGGGAGAGAGAGACAGAGAGAGAGCGCGAGGGAGGGAGAGAGAGAGAGCGAGGGAGGGAGAGAGAGAGAGAGAGAGCGGGAGAAAGAGAGAGAGAGGGAGCGGGGAUGUCCUCUCCUGCUGCUGAGGAGAAUAUGGACGCUGUAUCCGCGCGCUUUAAACCCGCAGCAUUGCUCAUACCGCGUGUUUUCAUUGUGUUUGCGGUGUGUGUGUGUGCACGCGAGUGUGUGUUCGUGCGUGCGUGUGUGUGUAGCUCUGCACCAGCCCGAGGAAGGCUCUGGUGCUGAAGAGGACAGGACGCCUAGACGAGCGCCCGUGUGAAUGGUGUCCAGGCAGACGGAUAGGUCAAGAUGGCGUCCACGGGCACGCAGAUCUUCGGCUUUGUGCUGGCACUGCUGGGCAUUCUGGGCGCCACGGUGGCCACGCUGCUGCCCAACUGGAAGGUGAGCGCAGACGUGGGCUCGAGCAUCAUCACCGUCAUCUCGCAGAUGCAGGGCCUGUGGAUGGACUGCACCUGGUACAGCACGGGAAUGUUCAGCUGCACGCUCAAGUACUCCGUAUUGGCGCUGCCUGCGUACCUGCAGACGGCGCGCACCACCAUGGUGCUGUCCUGCGUCCUGGCUGCGCUCGGACUCUGCCUGGCGUCGCUCGGGCUCAAGUGCACGCACUGGGGCGGCGGUAGGAGAGCAAAACGUCACGCUGCACUAGCGGCCGGAGUCUGCUUUGUAGCCUCUGGGUUCUUGUGCCUGGUGCCUGCGUCGUGGUACACCAACGAGGUCAUCGCCAGCUUUCUGGACGCCAGUGUACCCGAGAGCAACAAGUUUGAACCGGGCGGCGCGGUCUACGUCGCGUUCGUCUCGUCCGGUUUGCUUCUCGGCGGCGGCUUCAUCUUCUGCCUGUCGUGCUCGGGCAAGCGCCACGGCCCUCAGGAUCUCGUCCUGCUGCCUCCGGAUAAACUCUUACUCCAGCAGCAGCAACAGCAGCUCCUCCAGCAGCAGCACUUAGACCAGCUCCAGCACCAGUACUGCACUCUCUCGCCUCUGGAUAAUAAGACGGGAUACAGCCUGCAGGACUACGUGUAACGGAAACACGGGAGAGCAGGACGAUGACUGCGACACACUCUUCCCCUCCUCCUCCUGCUCCUCUUCUACAAGCACAAAAUGGUGGAGGAAUUCCCAAAGUUUCAGAAUGGACGAGUUGUGAAUAACUGAUAAGCGAUGUCGGAGUGAGCGGACGACAAAUAAAACGCAGAUCUCCUGCAUCUGAGUAUUAAAGGUUUCCUGGGAAGUGGAUUAGUCAGAUGGAAAUACCCUCCAUACGGAGUUAGGGAUGCAUCGAUACCAUUACUUUAAUACCGACUCCAAAACCGAAAUGAGUAACCGAUUUAGUAUUAAUCCAUCAGAGGCGUUGAGGAACAUUUUCUUCGGCGCUGUUUAUGCUUCCCCGGUAUAAUUCGUGGCCAUAAAAAACGUGUUCACUCACUCACACCAUUCGACUCGUUCUUUAUCACAUUAGCUAGUUGAUUUUAACUCUAGUGAAUUAGCUUAGCUACUAUAGUCAGCGCGUUUUGUUUGCGCUUCUGCACUAAAUAAAGUACGUUUUUGUCUUCACUGCGUCAAAAUUCUUCGUUGUUGACGACUGAUAGUGGCUGAUCUCAUGUAAGAACAACAUGCUGUUAUUCAAAGAACCGUUUCACGUACCUUGCGUUAUCUGUAGACGGUUUUUCUCGCCUAGCCAGUGUUUGCUGCUAGCAGUGAACUGCUUGUGCUGAGUUUUAUGUUUAAGAUAUUUUACUUAUAUUGUAGGAAGAUGCUGUAGUUCCUCCUCUUGAUAUUUUCUGUAUGCAGUCUGUUCGCAUUAAUUGUGAAAUGCGGCCGUAUCGCUGUUAAUUCGUCCCGUCUGUCAUUACAUACGCUUGGUUUACGCUGCAUACUGUCACCUGGCAUCGGCAGGACAUUUAUUACAAAUACAAGUAAAUGGGUGCGGUAUGGGACCAAUACCAGUGCAGGUAUCGAUGCAUCCCUACUCAUAACCCCUUCCCCAAAGAUUAGAAAUGAAAAGCAAUCAGCUAGCUGCUAACGAUGUUUUCGUAACCUCUGCUCAAAGUAAGUCGGCAAUACGUCCCCUAAAGGCAAUAGUAUGGGAAAGCCAGUUUUUUUUUUUUUUUUCUCCAUUUCUUUUUACUCUCCGGCCCUGUCCGUUUGAGUAAUAGUAGAACUAAUGAAAUCUCUUGUCUUAUUCUGUUAGCUGAUAGAAUGAUUGAUAUGAUUGUUGCCUCAGCAUGCUGUUCGGAGCCUGUGCAUAAUGCAGCGGAAUGCCUGGUAGAGACUUGAGUCAUAGCCACAUUGCCUGUGCCUAAACGCGAGAAAAAAAAAAAAACUAGAACGUUAUAGCGAGCCAGUUGUUUUUUUUGGGGAGAAACGUGAUUAGAGAGUGAAUGGAGCUGCUGGGUCUGGAAUGAUACCACACACACACACACACACACACACACACACACACACACUCCAGCACAUUGACAAUAGAAUAUGAUGUCUGUGUGUGAUGUGUUUUUUGGUUAAGCUUGCUCAGUGCAUGCUGCUUACAGCUUUAUCUCACACUCUCACACACUCUCUCUCACACACACACACACACACAGAGUUAGCUGCAUGUGUGCUUUUUCUUUUCUUUUUUUUGAAACCCACGUCAAUACUCACUGCUAUGGAAACCAAAUCCCGCACCCAAAUAUGCGUGUACGUGUGUCUGGAGGUCUGUGUGAGUCAGUGAGCUAGAGGGGA